GCGUUCAUUCACUUCAGAGGAGCUUCAUGGACGGACAGGAAUGGCUGGGUCACGGAGACUUGCGCAUUUUUUCACGCCUUUAUGCUUAUUUCUGUGCUACAGCGCUUCGGUGAACGGAGGAAAGAGGGGAAACUCGGAUAAAUGCAACUAUAAGGGAACACAGACGUCCAGCAUGGAUGAGGGCGCUCGCAAACUUGGAGUCACAUUUCGAUACGACAACUGCUCUUUGAACUGGAAUCCGCUGGGGAAACACGCCAUCCAUGAAGUGAACAACAUCAGCUUCAGUCAUCUGUCUUGUGACAGCCAGGCGGCCGUGGUGGUCCACUGGAUGGCCAGUCCUCUCGGUAUUGAACAUGUGAAGGGAUUCAGAGUCUAUCUGGAGGACAAAAACCCAGAGCGAAAACAGUGCCAACACUUGAUCCUGAAGGACCCGCGACAGCUCAACUUCUCGUUCAAAACCAUUAGGAUGAGCUCACAACCCUUCUCAAGUCUCGCCUUCGAGACCGAUUACAUGGUCAGAAUCGUGCCGUUUCACUUCUUGAACGACAGCUUCUUUCCGCCAUCUUUUCUGCGCACUAACAGUUGUGAAGUCCUACUUGGCCCAGAUAAUCUCGUCUGUAAACCAUUCUGGAAGCCCAAGAUGCUGAACGUUUCUCAGCUGGGAUCUAAUUUGCAUGUUGUGUUUGACCACGCCCCCUCCACCUUCGGCUUCACCAUAUACUACCUGUACUACAAACUCAGACAGGAGGGACCGUUCAGACUCAAGCGCUGCAAACCUGAGCAAAACGGCCCCAAAACGACUUGUGUUUUACAAGACGUCACUCCAGGAACUUACGCAAUAGAGCUUCGUGAUGACAGCAACAACACCAGAAGACAGACACAGUACCACGUGAGCCAAGUUCAUUCUCCGUGGGCUGGGCCGAUCCGUGCCAUGGCCAUCACUGUCCCUCUGGUCAUCAUGUCGGCCUUCGCCACGCUCUUCACCGUCAUGUGCCGCAAGAAACAGCAAGAAAACAUCUACUCUCACCUGGACGAGGAGAGCUCAGAGUCUUCAUCGCAGACCACGGCUCUGAGUGCAGACAGACCCUGGCCCAGACCCAAAAUCUUCAUCUGUUACUCCAGCAGAGACGGAGCCAAACACCUUGCCGUCAUCCAGAGCUUCGCCUUCUUCCUGCAGGACUUCUGUGGCUGCGAGGUUUCUCUGGACCUCUGGGAGCACCUGGAGAUCUGUAAGGAGGGUCAGAUGUCCUGGUUGAGCCGGCGCAUCGACGAAGCUCACUUCAUCAUCACCGUCUGCUCCAAAGGCUUGAAGCACUUCGUGGAGAAACGCCACCGCAAAGGCAAAGCCACAUCCAAAGAGAAAAACCGAGAGCCGACCGUGAGCGACUCCAGCAGCAGCAGCAGAGAUCUGUUCAUCGUGGCCUCCGCCAUCAUCUCAGAGAAACUCAAAGAAGUGCACCAGAAAUCCUCUGAUCUGUCGCGCUUCAUGUCUGUAUACUUCGAUUAUUCACAUGAAACUGACGUCCCGACUUCACUCAGCCUGGCGCCGAAGUUUAAGCUGAUGGAUCAGCUACCGCAACUCUUCGCCCGAUUGCAUUCGCGCCAACUGAGUUUGACUGAUCGUGAACCACAGCCGCCCAACGUUAGCAAACGCAACUAUUUCUGCAGCAAAUCGGGACGCUCAUUAUACGUGGCCAUUUAUAACAUGCAUCAACACGUCACGCAGGAGCCUGAUUGGUUGGAGAAGGAACUCAUGCCUCCGCCACUGCCUAAUAAACGCACCAUUCCGGAAAAAGUAGAUUCAGGAUUGGUGCUAAAUGAAGUCAAACUCAAGCAUGCGUCAGAAAGCGAGUGUCCUCCAGUGAGGAGUAACGUUUUGAUUUUGCCACAGACUCCUCAGUUGGGAGUUUCUCUGAGUUUGUCGAGGGAGGAUCUCGGGGAGGGAUCGUCCAAUCAGGACGCGGGUUCAUGCCGGCCGGUUCUUCACACUGACGGAUCUGCCAGUCCGCCAGAGAUGCCCAGAGAUUCGGGGAUCUACGAUUCAUCUGUGCCGUCGUCAGAGCUCUCCAUCCCGUUGAUGGACGGACUCUCACCGGAUCACGCAGAUAACUCAUCUCUGGCUGACAGCGUGUCCUCCUCUUCAGGACUGGGUGACGAGGAGCCUCCAGUCGUCAGCUCACUGCACUGCGCAGCACACACAAUAUGCAAAGCAGAUCUCCAUCACCAGCACCUCCACCCGAGUGAAGGACUCAUAGCUGCAGCCUCCACCUGAUGCCUUCGGCUCCACUCGCAGCGCCACUUUAACCCUUUACCUGCCACUGACUCAUCCGUCAUUGAAUCCCUCAUCAGAAGACACGUCUGACGGAGUAAUCUAAAGGGAUCUGGCAACGCAGUGUUUAAAAGCUGUGCUUUUUGAACCAAAGUGCUUGUGUAUUAGGUAUGCUAUCGUCAUUCAGACCUUCUUGUCUUAAAGUGGGUUUGAACCCGUGGACGGACCUGAACGUGAGAGUCCUUUAACAUGUAAUUUCAGCUUUAUUUAUUGUAUUAACUGGUUUCAGAUGUGCGGGAUAACAUGUUGUGCUCACUGCAGAUGUGUAGAUCGACACUUUUACAUGGUUUUUAAUAGCGACACUCAAUUUUAGAGGCAUUUCAAGAGCUUUUAGGCCUUUAUUUUUGUAUAUGGAUCUU